CCAACUUGCUGCCAGGUCAAACGACUCUGGUCGACGUCUUACUCUCUGACCACCACUGCCGGGUAGCAUUAAUGGCCGCUCAAAAAGCCUCUGGUGCGCACGAUCUGCCGACGCCCGACCCAGAGUCCCCUUACCGUUCGCGCAAGCCGUACCGCUUCUCCACCUUAUGUGCGACGGUCGACAAUCCCUUCGCAAAGGAUCAAUACGGCUCGAGUUCGGUUCCUAUCUACCAGACGGCCACGUUCAAGGGUGUUGCAGGGGAAUAUGACUAUACCAGGAGCGGGAACCCUACGAGAACACACCUCGAACACCAUAUUGCAAAGAUCUCAUCGGCCGGCCAUGCAUUCGCUGUUUCGUCGGGAAUGGCCGCUCUGGAUGUGAUUACUCGCUUGCUCAAGCCCGGAGACGAAGUCAUCGCAGGAGAUGACUUAUAUGGCGGCACCAACCGCCUCCUAACGUACCUGAAGACGAACGGCGGCGUUACCGUGCACCACGUAGACACUACCGUCGCGGAGAACGUCUUGCCCCAUGUAAAGGCAGGCAAGACCGCGAUGGUCCUGCUUGAGAGCCCGACGAAUCCCCUGUUGAAGAUCGUCGAUCUCCAGAAAAUUGCAGCGGACGUGAAAGAGCGCGCUCCUGACGCAAUUAUCGUUGUCGAUAAUACCAUGAUGAGCCCUUAUUGUCAGCGGCCCCUGGACUACGGUGCAGACAUAGUGUAUGAUAGCGCCACGAAAUACCUCAGCGGCCAUCAUGACUUGAUGGCAGGCGUAAUAGUAUGCAACAGAGAUGACCUAGCGAAGCACAUGGCAUUCAUAAUUAACUCUGUUGGGAAUGCACUUACGCCCUUCGACUGUUUCCUCCUGCUUCGGGGAUCCAAGACAUUGGCGAUCCGCAUGGACCGUCAGCAAUCUACGGCUAUGCGAGUUGCCACUAUGCUCGAGCGGCUGGGCUUCAAAGUAAAUUAUCCCGGGCUUCCUAAUCACCCUGGCCGUGAAGUUCAUGAACGCAUUGCUUCCGGCUAUGGUGCGGUCCUGAGCUUCACUACUGGCGAUAAAGCCCUGAGCGAGAGAAUUGUCGGGGCGACUCGCCUGUGGGGUAUCAGCGUCAGUUUCGGCGCAGUCAAUUCAUUGAUCAGUAUGCCCUGUGUGAUGUCACAUGCUUCCAUCGACGCCGCUACCCGUGCGGCCCGGGGCCUUCCGGAGGACCUCAUUCGUUUGUGCGUGGGAAUCGAAGACCCCGAAGACCUAUUGGACGAUCUCGAGCGAGCAUUGCUCGAGGCUGGCGCUAUCACUGUUUCGGCUAACGCGGACGAGCACCAAUACGUGCGCACGACUCUGCCUAAGACCGAGGUGUCCAUCAGUCGUGCUGUGGAGAAGUUGGCGUUCAAUGAUUCUGGCUUGACCAGGCGGCCCAGAGAAUAUAGAGAAUGGAUGGUCAGUGCCCCUGGCAAGGUGAUUCUCUUUGGAGAACACGCUGUCGUCCAUGGCGUGACGGCAGUCGCCGCUUCAGUCGACCUGCGUUGUUAUGGCUUGACAACUCCCAGACAUGACGGGAAAUUGUCUGUACAGUUUUGCGACAUCGAAAACUUCUAUCAUGAAUGGGAUAUAAAUAAUUUACCGUGGGACGCCGUGACGACCAUACAGGUUGGACAAGAGCACCCUGAACAAUUAGACCAAACUCUCAUGGAAGCCAUCUCAACGAGGGCUCUACCGGCAUCCAUUGAUGCAGCUCCGAAGGCACGAGGCGCGGCCACCGCAUUUUUGUAUCUGUACAUGAUUCUGGCGCAUGGGGGAGAAAGGCCUUCAUUCAAUUUCUCUGCCAGAUCUACUUUGCCUAUCGGGGCAGGGCUAGGAUCGUCGGCAUCGUUCUCCGUUUGCGCAGCAACUACACUGCUACUUUUACACCAAAGGAUCUCUAUCCCUGCCCUACCCGCACCUACAAGAGAGGGCCACGGCAGUGAUCCUGGGCAUAUCCAUGUGUCUCACCAGGGCCGGCGUGCGAUCCCCCCUCCUGUAGCCGAGGAGGUCAAUAGAUGGGCCUUCGUUGCAGAGAAGAUCCUUCACGGGAAUCCUAGCGGUGUUGAUAAUUCCGUUUCCGUGUAUGGAGGUGCCUUGGCCUAUACCAGGGCUGGGUUUGGCAAGAAGAGCGGCAUGGAGCCUAUUCAUGGCUUCAAGUCCUUGCGUUUCCUGCUUACCGAUUCCAAGGUGCCUCGGGACACGAAGAAGCUUGUAGCGGGAGUUUCGGAAAAGAAAGCAAGGGAGCCUGAGGUCGUCAACGCUAUCCUAGAUGGCAUUCAAAGUAUUAGCGACGAAGCCCGGCGCGCCUUGGCUGAUCCUGAGCUGUCACGUGAAGCCUUGCUCUCGGCUCUAUCUGCACUCAUCGAUGAGAACCAUGCCCAUUUGGUUUCGCUGGGGGUAUCACACGCAUCUCUGGAGGCCAUUAGAGCCAAGACCGCUCAGAGUAUCUACAAGCUGAGCACCAAGCUCACCGGGGCUGGCGGUGGCGGGUGCGCGGUCACUUUAGUCCCUGAUGACAUGCGAGAAGAACUGUUGCAACAGCUCAUCUCUGACUUGUUGUCCGACAAUUUCCAGCCUUACCUAACGUCUGUGGGUGGCAGCGGACUGGGUAUCCUAUCCCCGUACGGCCAGGAUGCGCCCUUUACGCCGCCUGAAACCCCUAAUGAUGCGAAUGAUGAGGCCUACUUAUCUCGUGAGCCGUUGAGAGCGACCUUCCAGGAGAAGUCCGUCUUAGAGUUGCCCGAGUGGGCCGAGUCUCGCGGGCGGUGGCUGUAUGUCUGAUACGUGAGGUUGUUCUGUGGUACCAUCUAUCCUUCUGUGUUAUGGAGAAGUCAGCACCCCAGUUGUUCUAUGUUGGGUCGGUUGUCUGGCAAGAAUAUGUUGACAUGUAUCUUGAUCUAGUUUACGAAUGUUUAAAGUACGGCAUGUUAUUUCUUGCAAGACUUCCCAA